CUCUCUCUUCUCUUCACCUCUUACCUCUUACCUCUCUACAGACAGUCAUCUCUUAUCACCACGACGCUCGACGACUACCUCACGACUUGACGAUACACGACUGCAUUGCUUCGCAUCUUGAGACCACUCCAACGUUCCGAUCCACUUUUCAAUGACCAGCGUCAUACAAACUUCUACAACUCCUUGAUAUUUACCCUAUCACAUGACUCAUAUCAAAGUAGAAUAUGGGUCUCUUCACCCGUCUCCGAACUAAACGUCCAUCUACCCCUCCCCUAAAUCCUGAUUCACCAGGUCCUUCAUCUUCUCCCUCUACCCUUUCUCGUCCACUUCCCCUCUCCCCUUCAUCGUCAUCUAUUAUCUCCCGCAAAAUCAAAACCCCUUGGUCCAAAAAAGAACAUCCACUACCUUCCCCUCUACUUGCACCUCCGAGUCCGCAGGAACGUCACAGUUCAGCUCGAAAUGUUCACACUGUCAGCGCUGCCACCUCACGCCUUUCCCCCGCACCCGCCAGACCUCGCGCCAGCUCGACUCUGGGUAUACCGGAGAUAUCAAUAACAGGAAAAAGAAAAGAAAAAGUCCGUUCGGGGGAAUUCAAGAAAGAAGGUGGGAUCUUGGGAAAGCUAGAAUUCGAAGGUCAGGUGAUCAGUCCUGCCAAAAGUGUCUUGGCGAAUGAAGCGCAUUCGGAAGAGGGCUGGCUGGAUCUAGCUUCCGAUGACAUGGUCAGACAUCUUUCAGAGGCGGUGAAAGAAUCACC